AGAUGUAAACACAGCAUCGUGGCAGAGGUCCGACGGCGGAAGGAUUUAUCGGUCAUCAAUGAUCGGUCAUCAAUAUCUGAUCAGGUUUCUAAAGGUGGCGCGUGAGGAACUUCCGGUUGUGUGUGAUGACGUAGAAACAAAAUGGAGUCUUUGAAGAAACGUGUGACUGAGUUUUCACUGGAGGCUCACGAGCUGUAUCUGAACCAAUCGGUGCCCUACCUGGAGGAGUCACCUGACCCGCUGCAGUUCUACCGCGACUGGAUUGGCCCAAACAAGCCCUGCAUCAUCCGCAACGCCCUCAGCCAUUGGCCGGCUUUGUCCAGGUGGACGCCAGACUACCUGAGGGAAAAGGUGGGGUCAAAGGUCAUCAGCGUGGCGGUGACCCCCAACGGCUUCGCCGACGCCGUUAACGGCGAUCGCUUCGUGAUGCCGGAGGAGAGACGCAUGAGCUUUUCCUCUGUGCUCGACAUCCUGGAGGGGAAGCAGCAGGGGGGGGGCGUGUUCUACGUACAGAAGCAGUGCUCCAACCUGCUGGAUGAACUCCCCGAGCUCACAGACGACCUGCAGCCUCACGUCUCCUGGAUGAGCGCCGCACUCGGAAAGUUACCGGAUGCCGUGAACUUUUGGCUCGGAGAGGCGAGAGCCGUAACUUCCAUGCACAAAGACCACUAUGAGAAUCUUUACUGUGUGGUUUCUGGAGAGAAGAACUUCAUCCUGCUGCCGCCAACCGACCGUCCCUUCAUCCCCUACGGCACCUAUCAGCCGGCCGUUUACCGUCAAAGGGACGACGGCGAGUUUGAGGUUGUCGAUCAAACCGGCUCCGAGAAGGUCCCGUGGAUCCCCCUGGACCCCCUGGACCCAGACCUGGACCGAUACCCUGAGUACCGGAGAGCUCGUCCUCUGCGUUGCAGUGUUAAGGCCGGAGAGAUGCUGUACCUGCCGUCGCUGUGGUUCCACCACGUCCAGCAGUCUCACGGCUGCAUCGCAGUGAACUUCUGGUACGACAUGGAGUACGACAUCAAGUACAACUACUUCCAGCUGCUGGAGGCGCUGUCCGAGGUCACGGGGUCGACGUGACAUCACAGCGUGAUGUCGUAGUGAAACGAGGACUGUAAAAUAAAGCUGUGUAACAAAGA